AUGUCCGUUAAUCCCUUGCAAGAAAUACUAACCGGCCAACAAUUUCAGCAAUGUGUUAAUUUCUACGAGGCCGAUCAAAGAUUAGACCAAAAUGAUAGAUUGACUAUAGCUACUGCAUUACAGAGCAUUGCUUUAAAGUCAAAUCUUGUUGGCUAUACUUGUGGUAUGCUUGGUUUUUUCGCUCCAACGGCAUAUUUCAAGCUUGCCAAAAAGCCAGCACCCACCCCUUGGUUCUUGAUACAAUAUCCCUUCCUUUCAUUGUGUCUUGGGUUUGGUACUUUAAUUGUGGGAAAUAACGUUACUACAAAGCACCUUUUCAAUAAGGCAAAGCAGGAUGUUACCCAGUACCCCCCCAAUGCCAACGUUUAUAAUAUAUGGCAAAAUAUGAGCUACCAGAAUAUUGGAGCUUAUACUUUGUAUUAUUUUAGAACUAGCUUUAAUCCAAUGUUUAUCAUUAGAGAUCCAAGACUCGCUACUAAGGGCCCAUUAAUUGACGAGAAAUUGAGACAAAAACAAGGAAAUAAUACUCAUUUUACCGAUGCAGUAGGGUUGGGCAAUUACGAUAACCAGGGAAACCGUCAUGAUUUGGGAGUAGUGGAUAAAUUAAAAUUACACCAUGGUUUCGAUGUCUCAAAAGAUACUUAG